AUGAUCAAUCUUGCUGAAUACGACAUUUCCCGUUCUACUGGGUUUGUGCCUGAAAAGUUCCCAGUAGAAUGCCUUCCCCAAGAUUAUUACCAGCCGUGGGAAUCCCUUGUUGAGAACCUUCCUGCCCUCAUUCUCAACAAAUCAAUUAGAAGGCUUAUUGAUACCACUCUUCCCGUGCUCUCCACUGAGCAUCUUGCUAAUGAGGGUGAGGUGCGCCGUGCUUACGUUGUUUUGUCGUUUUUAACCCACGCUUACGUUUGGAGUUUUGAUUGCCAACCGGUUUCUUCGCUUCCUCCUCAACUUUCUACUCCAUAUACUGAUGUUGCUUCGCAAUUAGGCCUUCCUCCAGUAGCCACAUAUGCUGCUCUCGUUCUCUGGAAUUUCAAACCAGCACUAAAAUCUCCAGGCCAAACAUAUACCGAUGUUUCCAAGCUCACAAUUGAUAACUUUUCCACGGUAAAUACAUUUACUGGAUCCAUCGAUGAAAUGUGGUUUUACCUCAUCAGUGUUCAGUUUGAAAUUGAAGGAGCCAAAUGUUUAGAUGUUGGAAUGAAGGCAGCUACUGCUGCCGCCCAAAAUCGUCCAGAAGACCUCACCACGCAUCUCAGAAGCCUUGCGGAAUUAUUGGAUAAUUUGGGCCUGGUUCUUCUUUCCAUGGAAGAUAUGUGUGAUCCCCAUGUUUUCUAUUUCAGAAUUCGUCCUUUCUUAGCUGGUUGGAAAAACAUGCGUGAAUUCGGACUUCCAAGUGAUGGGAUUAUUUACGGUACUGGUGAGCCCCAAACCUAUUCUGGUGGAUCUAAUGCGCAAUCAUCAUUAAUUCAAUAUUUCGAUACUUUGUUAGGGGUAGUCCACCAUCCGACAGGAGUUCGUCCUGGUAAUCAUGGAACUGGAUCCUCAUCUACCCUCACUGGCGCCAAGUCCAGUUUGAAUAAUAAAGAAAACAACUUCAUGGAGCAAAUGAAGUUCUACAUGCCAGAGAAGCAUAGAACCUUUCUUGACGCACUUUCUGAAGAGUCUGUGAUUCGUGAGUAUGUUAAUGGAUGCAGGUCAGAACGCCCUGAAUUGGUGCUUGCCUACGACGCUUGUCUUGCGAUGUUGAAAUCAUUCAGAGACAAACAUAUUCAAAUCGUCACCCGGUACAUCAUACUUCCAUCUCGUGCCGCUAAUAAUUCAAAGACCUUACGUAUUGGCUUGGCCUCUAACAAGAAGAGCUCAUCGACCGUGGGGCUCACUGAGGAAACAGGAGAGAGCGGUGGUGCAAGAGGUACCGGUGGUACCGCCUUGUUGCCAUUCCUCAAGCAAUGUCGUGAUGAAACAGGCGAUCCUGCUGCUGGAUCAUGGGGUAGACGUAUUCUCACUGGAGGUAUACUAAACUUAAAGUACACCAAUAGAACUAAAAAGAAUGUUGACAAUAUCAAGAAAGAAAUUCACAAUCCAUCAUUCAAUCUUGAACAAGAAAAUGAGGCUGGCCAUUGGUAA